AUGUUCUGUACGUGGAGAUCCUCUCAGAAGGUCAUAGAACCUCAAUGCGUAAAGACAGUUCAAUACACGGACAACCAAGAAAAACCAUCGUGGAAAGAAAUCAACCUUCGCCAUGAAGAAUUUCGCCGAGCGUCAAUUCUUACCAACCCGAAUGUUCAAUUAAUAAAAAUUAAAUCAGUGUUGGCAUUUUCAAAGGCUGGGAAAUCAAAAAGUUUAGAGAAAAAUGAAGAAGAUAACUCCAACCAGGAGAGUUGUGACGAAAAAACGAUAAACGAGACGACAGAGGAAUUGAACCACCAACCUCGAUCAUCCAGGAUCACCAAGAGAUUUAGCAUGGCGGAUGUUGCCAGCAGGAUUUCCAAAAUUAGGGCAAGGAGGGUCUCGUUUAGGGAGGAAGGGGAGAGGACAGAGGAUGAAAAAUUACAGAGGAAACCCUCCAUGUUCAAAAGGCUCGCCCAGAGGGCCACAAAAAGUGUUUUGAGUAAGAAACAAGAUCCAGGGGCAAAGGUUAAGUCUGACGUAGAGAGAUUGUGGAAAAUACGAUGUAGUCUUUACAAAAAAGAAAGUUUCAAGGACGAGGAAAUCUCAUUGUUGCGGUCACUCAUCAGUGAAACUCUAGACCUGACGGGGCGACUGCGUAUCAUGGUCAGAGAAAGUGAAGACCACACGGAUCAGGAUGUGGACAACUAUUGUAAGGACAUUAAUGGCCUUCAGCUUCUCUUCUACAACAUUGUAGAGAUCUGGCAAAAAGUGGCGGAUCCAGAAAGGAGAAAAUACAAGGAUGGCAUUCUUAUGGACAUUAUGGAGCUGUCCUCUGAUGUGGCCUCCAUUACCGGGGAGAUACUGUUAGUGUUCCUCCAACGCUUCCAGUUAAACAUUAUCCCUUUACUGAAACCAAUUCACGGUCUGUUCUACGGUCUGGGGCUUCAUGUCAAAUACAACUGCCUGGACAAGGAUCUUAUAUACAGUCACACUGCCCCCGGGACCUACUCUGGGUUUUUAGCGGGAAUUUUACAGCUGUUCAGAAGUGCCAAAAUUUUACUCAAGAGACUCAAAUUUGAAGAUGACGCCUCGAAGGGAAAGAAAAAGCUUGUUCAAACAAACAUUGCAUCCUUCGUUAGCGAGGCCACUGUGUCACAUGGUCUACACACACUGUCUACAGAUGAGUUACGCGAAAUGGUAUUAAGGAUUGGGAACAUUUGUACAGAUGCAUUUUACACCAUUGGUAAAACAAGCGGGACAUUGGACUACAUAGACCUUGGUGAUGGAGUUCACGCAGUGGCGCCGUUAGAGAGCCUCGGUUUGAUUUCGCAUUGUGAUUUUAUUCAGUGUCCGAUAGAAUCUCGAUCAACACUAAUGGCGGGAAUUCAACUGCACGACGGACAACAUUAUGUGUCUGACUUUUUCCAGGUUACCGGAAGUGCAUUUCGUUGCCAAGAGAAAAUAACUCUUCGGUCUCCAAUUCAUCAUUCGUCAUUUCCGGCAUCUGCUACAGUCCGUGUGAAAACAAAAACGGGGGACAAGUGGACUGACGUCGAAGGCGACAUCAUAGCAGGUAAAUGUGAGUUUAAGGCAAGCUACAUGGAGGCUUUCGUCGUCGUGGCAGGUUAUCGGCCCUAUCACAGGGAGAUAACUCCAGCAGGAUUUACUUACAUGUCGGAUGAUGACUCGAGAAUUCGAAUUAACUUCCCUCAAAACUGCUUCAGUCGCCCAUGUAUCGUACAGUUCAGAUUAAUCCAGCUUAACAGAAACAGAAUAUUUUCAUACAAGGAGACAUGCCCAGACAUGUGCAAAUAUGUCACUUGUAUAUCGGACGUCAUUUUCAUAAAACAUGAUGAUGACGUCACAAUCAACGAACCUGCUCUUGUGCACAUGCCCAUUAUUAACGACAUGGACGACUAUGAAACAGAGAUAGUUGUGUUCCGGAAGCGGGCUGACGGCGAGGUGGAAGUGAUUCCACGACCAAUGGCUAUGCGGUGUGAAUCAACAGGGAAUUGCUACACCUUCCAAAUUGACCGAUUUUGUGGACUGGCUGUUGGAAAAGCAAACAAAAGGCAGAUGAAGAAAAAUCGUCGCGCCAUCAUUGACGAGUUUAAUCUUUACUACGAGACUGAACACAUUUGUACCGUUUUAACACUGAUGGACAGAUCCUCGCUUCAGAGUGGGGUGGUAAAAUUAUGGUCGGAAGUGGUAGAGAAGAGAUUCUUGAAAAGAACUAUGCGCAUGCGCAUGAAAGAGGGUCUCUUUGAAAUUCCCGGAAGUAGAUCGCCGGAUAUACGCAUGAAAGAUUAUGACGUCGUGCGAAUAGACCUAGAGGGGAAUAUUGGAAAAAUAAGAGAUCUUUCACAUGAACAUUACUUUAUUUCAUACCUCAGCAGUUCUAAUCAAAACUACAGGUCGUUUCCUAUUGAACCUAGACGGGAUCCCCGUGGAAGACAAAUUGGUAUUAUAAAUUACUACCGGGAAUCUGGACAGGAAGAUGUGUGUAUUCAUUUGGUUUCCAUGGAGACAGAGCGGUUCCUUGUCAGUGGUCCGCGGCUGCCGACAUCUCACGCAGAUGCCAAACCAUCUUCUCAGAUGGGUCGAGUCACGUGGUCACGUGGUUCUCAGAAAUCGAGUAAAUCCGUCAGAUCUACCAUUGUUUAUCGUUCCAUGUUCGAUGAAGUCCCGGUCUUAAGUCAUCAAAGCCUACUAGUUUUGGCAGGUGCACUUCCACAUCAGUACGCCACCACGCUAGGUGUCGCUUUACGUCUUCCGUACGAGGAUAUCCUUGACAUCAAGGCGCUUGACCAGCCGCCCGUCAUCACCAACUUCGAAAUUCUCUGGAAAUGGCGAGGAAAAGUGGCCAGCGUUGAAAUGGUGGACGCCUUGGCCAAUGCUUUUCGGGAAAUCAAACAGAAGAAAUUUAUUGACGUUAUAAUGAAAGCCAACUUCGAAAAACGACCAUUAAAACACGGUGAUUUUUCCGCUCGCCAUCACAACUGUGUGCAGUUUGCAAUUGCGCCAUCAUGACAUUUACUGCUUAUUUAGACUCAUUAUUCUCUUUUUAUUUAUAUAAUUUACUUUUUAAAGCAUUCAAAAUUUAUUGCAUAAGCAGUACACGUACUUAUUUGCGUAAUCUUAAUUGAAUUAGUGCUAUGUGCUUAAUCAUACCUUUAUACAGGAAUGAAACAGCGUGCUUUAGGUCUCUGCUUGUUAUGCACUGAAAUCUGAAUCAUAAAUAAUACCCAUUCUAUUUAAAAUCUAUAUAUAUAUUGUAGAAAUCAUU